UUCAAAGCACAACAAAUCUAAGAAGUAAAACACAUUUCAAGAAACAACAAUGGCAACUACAAAAAGUUUCUUGAAGGGUUUGUUGAUCCUGACAUGCUUAAGCUUCAGUUUUGCUCACAGGGUCCUUGUGGAUUCCUCUACUAGUAAUGAACAAGAUAGUUCAAACUGGAAUAAACAGCAGGUAGAAGGAGGACGUGGUGUUGGCAUUGGAUAUGGUGGAGCCAAAGGUGUCGGGUAUGGAGUUGGUUCAGGUGGAGCAAAAGGUAUCGGGUACGGAAUUGGUUCAGGUGGAGGAAAAGGUCUCGGGUACGGAGUUGGUUCAGGUGGAGGAAGCGGUGUUGGCAUUGGAAUUGGAAAUGGAGGGGGUGGAGGUUCUCAGUCUGGUCAUGGUGGCGGCGGAGGAGGCGGCGGCGGAGGCAGUGGCAACGGAGCUGUUGUUUAUGUACCUUACCCUAUCAGUGGUGGUGCUAACAUGGGCGGUGGUGGAGGAGGAAGUGGAUACGGUGGUGGAGGUGGAGGAGGCAGUGGCUACGGAGGUGGCGGUGGAGGCAGCGCAGGCUUUGUUCCUCAAAUUCCUGUUCCUCAAAUUCCUAUUCCUCAAAUUCCUGUUCCUCAAAUUCCUGUUCCUCAAUUUCCCGUUCCUCAAAUUGGUUAUGUUCCUCUCGUACCUGGUACCGGUUCAUACGGUGGUGGUGGAGGCGGCGGUGGAAGUGGAAGUGGCUUUGGAGGCAGCGGUAGUGGCUUCGGAGGCGGCGGCAGUGGCUUUGGAGGGAGCGGCAGUGGCUUUGGGGGUGGCGGCAGUGGCUUUGGAGGGAGCGGCAGUGGUUUCGGAGGCGGCGGCAGUGGCUUCGGAGGAGGCGGCAGCGGCAGCGGUUUUGGGGGCAUGGUGGGUUGUCCACCACAGUGUAUCAUGCCAGGUUAUGCAGCAGCUGCUAAGAACACAAAUGACCAUCAUCAAGGCAAGAACUAAAAAGAUGCAAGUCAUGAUUAAGCUUAAAGCAAAAAGUAUUGGGCAUAUAAAACAGUAUAUUGUAAUCUUUUACAUGUAAACUUCGAAACAAGUUGAAUAAUAAUAAGCUCAAUUUUAUCUCAAA